GAGGUAAUAUAAAUAAUGAUUAUGGUUUGUGUGAACUUUGAUCCCCUUUAAUCACGGUCAACAACGCGGCCACUGACACUACCCCACUUGCCAGACCAUCUCUCCGUUACACACUCCUUUACACAACUCCCUCAUCUCCACCGUCCAUCAAACAAUCCCAUAAAUCAACGGUUAAUUACGACUCCAUACAAAUUACUCUCCCAAACAACACUACAUUAAUUACCUCUCUCCUCCAUACAAAUUCAAUCAAGCAAAUUCAUACGACUCCAAACCACACUUGAUUUUAGAAUUUGUUUCUAAAGAGCAGUUCAAAACUCAAAAUAUUCCCUCAAACCCAAAAUUCCAAUCAUGACAUCCUCUAAAAUGGAUGAAGAGCUGAGAAAUGCAGCAGUGAGAGGAGAUGUAGACUUCCUUAAACAUUGUGUUGAAUCCAAUAAACCCAUCGAAUACUACUUGACUUUCUAUCCUGAGGAGGAUGACCAAUCUGGAAGACGCCAUCAUGGCAACAUCUUCCACAUGGCCGCAACCGAAAACCAAGAAGAGUUUAUAAGAGAAGCCAUGGGGAUUUUACCUCAAGAAGCCAUGCACCAACUCCUUCUUCAACCAGGGGACGAAGAAUACAACCCUCUCCAUGAGGCAGCCAAAGUUGGUAAUGUAGAGAUAGUAAAGAUGUUUCUAGAUGUUUAUCAACAAGGAUUCCGAUCUCAUCUUUUGGAACAUCAACGACCCUGGUUAUUCAAGGAUUCCACGGGAAAUAACCCUUGCUUUGUGGCUGUUUUUAGUUAUCAAGAAGAAUGUGCGUUGGAAAUUUAUAAAAUGGAUACGGAGUUGAUUUCCAAUAUGCAUAGUUAUCGUGGUAGCUCCUUAGUCUACGAAGCUGUACGCAUGAAGAUGAGCAAGUUAGCUUUAGAGAUUUUGAGGUCCCCCCAUCCUAUUAGUUGCAACGUCCACGAUGGCUACACUCCAUUCCACUCAAUAAAUUUAAUCGAAUGCUCAGAAGAAUCAGAAGAAAUCUUUCGAGAACUACUUGAGAGAGAGCCAGAGCUAAUUAAACAAAAAAAUAAGAAUGGAUGUUCGGCAUUUCACAUGUGGGCAAAUGAUGGUAAAAUUUGGCCAUUCAAAAUUCUCUUAGAUUGUAAGGAUAUCAUCCAAGAUGUAAAUAAGAUUUUCACAUACUUGGUAUCCUUAACGGAUGAUUAUUGUGGUCGCAAUCCAUUACACAUGUGGGCAAAUGAUGGUAAAAAUGCCGCCCCGUGUGCAGAAGAUGCUACAAAAAUUGCAGAAUUGCUGAUAGAUAUUUACAAAAAAGAAUCACCAAGCCUUUCAUAUAAUCAACAUCCUUGGUUAGUGAAGGACAACUUUGGAAAUACACCUUUGUCAUUGGCCAUAGCCAAUAAGUAUGAAAAUCUCGCAAUAUAUUUGUUGUCAGUGGAUGAAAAUGUAGUUAUCGAAAGUAACAAGAAUAUUCUAUUCUUGGCUGUCAUGGCUCAGUGUCAUACAGUCGCCGAAGAGAUAUUGAAGAUAAUCGAUAACAAAGGUUGGAAUCAACUUCUUACGAAUCAUCAAAAGCUCAAUAUCUUGCACCUUGCUCCACUAUGCACAGAAAACUUUUGUGCACAACUAAUGGAAAGACAUCCAGAAUUAAUCAAAGGAGUAGAUAAAGAAGGAUCUACAAUAGUUCAUAGUUGGGUAAAAAGUGACAAAGAAUGGCUAUUUAAAUUCAUAUUGGAGAGCAAGUGGAAAGAUCAGUUUGUAAAACUUGUUAAUGUUAAGGAUUACAAUUAUCAAAACAGUCCUUUUCAUGUUGCCGCAACUACCACUCAUAAAGCAACAAACCAGAUUGUAGCACUCCUUGUUGAAGCUUACAAAAAAUACGAAUUUGCUUGGACCGUAAAUGGUAUCAAUCAAUUGCCAUGGCUUGUAAAGAAUAAAGAAAAUAUAGGGCCUCUACACUUGGCAUUACUCAACAAGCGUGAAGAUCUUGGACUAUACAUAUUGUCACUACUCCGGGAUGAUCAAAGUAUGGAAAAACUGCUAGAAUAUUAUGAGCCAGAGCACUUUACGUUGUUUCUUGCUAUACAAAACAGUUGCUCUGAAGUAGCCAAAGCCAUGUUGGGAAAGUUGGAUAAGCGAAGCUGGACCAAAUAUCUAAAAGAUUCCUCGACUGGUUGGAAUAUAUUGCAUCUUGCUACAACCUUAACAGAUGUAAGCUUUGGGACAUGGUUAGUAGAUAUAGCACCAGAAUUCAUCACCCAAAAAGAUGAAAAUGGACAAUCACCUUGGGAUAGAGCGUUUGAACUUGGUUCUGCAUGGUUUAUAAAAGCGGUUUUGGAAAAAGAUUCAUCCGCGUUCAGUAGGGAACCCCUGGCUUGGACAAAAGCUUGUGAAAAAGGUCAUGUCCCAGCUCUUUGUGCCUUCAUUGACCAUAAUCCAGGAGCGUUUCGAGAUCUUUGUAUUGAAAAAAAGGAUUCUCCUUUACAUCAUAUAAAACUGUCAAGUUUAACAGACUAUGAAGAGUUUCUCAAGAUUCCACGCAUGAAGGAUCUAAUUAAUCUUCAAGAUUCUCAUGGUGUAACACCUUUACACAAAGCAAUACAAGAUGACAACUUAUUCUUGACUGAAACUUUACUUAGCGUUGAUAAGAUCAACUAUGACAUCAACGAUGAUGGAGAUAAUUCUGCCAUAGAUCUAUUGGCUCAGAAAUGCGCUGACAACCAGGCAUGGGACCGAAUGUGCAAGAGAAUUGGGCUUGAUCCAAUGAUUAAAACGACAUACUUUCGAACUAAGACAAAUUUGUUGGAUGUGCGAAAUUCUUUGUUUGUGGUAGCUGCCUUACUAGCCACCAUUACAUUCACUGCUGGAUUCACUCUCCCUGGUGGAUUUACUCAAGAUACCGGGGAAGCAAUUUUGGCAAAGAAAGCAGCUUUUUUGGUGUUUUUGGUAUCUAAUACACUAGCCCUAUCUUUUUCAAUGUUGGUGUUGAUUUGUCUCAUAUGGUCCAUGGUCUUUGAUUUUAGUAAAUCAUUGACAUUGAUUGACCGAAGUAUGGUGUUUCUCCGUUUAGCACUAAAUUUCACAUUAUUGACGUUUAUGACGGGAGUCUAUAUUGUCAUAGCCCCAAAGUCAUUAUGGGCUGCUAUUCUCAUUAUUGUCAUCGUGAGCUUUCUCAUUGGAAUAUCUAUCAACAAGGAUCUCUUGUACAAUGCUCUAGAGUAUCUUGACAAGUUUCCUUCUCCGAGUAAGAAGUGCAUAGAUCGACUUCGUCUGAUGGAAUUGGGGUGCGCCCCUAACAGAGUCCGUGCUUAGUUUUUGAUACUGCAGUUCGAAAUAAGGUCGCCGAUUGUUACGGAGUACUGUAUAGAACUAAGUUCACUUCAUGUUACAUUUAUACUGAGUAGAAGUGCUCGAGAAAAAAGGAAAAUAAAAUUCAAGUGUGUGUUAUUUGUUGUAAAUAUUGUACAUGAGUACAAUAUUAUUAAUGUCAAUUAUUUAAUUCAAGUGAUUGUAACUUUUUUUUUCCUUCCUUACCUUUUAAAAAAUUUGAGAGACUUUUAUACAUGGUGUUUAGAUACUUAUAUUUUUAAAAUGGUUAUUUACUUAUUUGUCUUCAUUAAUGU